UUGAAUUUGAAGAAAUUUAAUAAAUUCUAGAUAGCCUUUAAUAGCCUCUAAUAAUAAGUAUAAAGUUAAUUAAUCGACAGGGGGUCACUACUAGUCAUUAGGUUAUUACCAGUUAUUAGUCUGUAUUCUCGGCAAAAGAUUUCUUUGAAACUGAUUAUUUUUAAUACGGAGAACUAAUACGGAGAGCAUCGUUAAACAUAAUAAUAUAAUGUGUCAAGUCUAUAAUACAUAACCUGUCUAGCACAAAUGGAGCUUACAGCACUUCUGGAGAAGUGUGCAACACUGAACAAACCAGACAAUAGUAGAUCCAAAGAAAUAGAAAACAAAGAAGAUAAAUAUUUUCAAAAAGCAUAUGAAGAAUGGAAAGGUUUAAGAGCUGAAGAUAAGGAUGCCACGUAUAAAGUGAUCCCCAAAUUUUAUUUUAAGCUGCCUAAAGAAGAUGAAAUUUUACCACAAAAAUUACGUGAAGAAACGCGUGCUCUGUUCUUACAAAGACGAUCACGUCAAUUACUAGAUAACAAUGAACUGAAGGCUCUAUGGGUCCUUUUGGAUAAACAUCAUAGUCCACCAUUGUCUGGAGACGAGCAAUUAAUCAAUUAUGAGGAUUUCAAGAAAGUUGGUAAUUUAGCUGGUCAAAAAUGUGUGCCUUAUUUCACAGCUGUUGUAUUUGCAAAGCUUCAACAAGGAGAUCCUCAUGGAAGAAUCAGUAUUAUGGCACUAUUUAAUUAUGUUAUGAGAAAAGUUUGGUUGCAUCAAACAAGAAUUGGCCUUUCUUUAUAUGACGUUACUGGUCAAGGAUAUCUUAGAGAGUCUGAUUUGGAAAACUAUAUUUUGGAAUUGAUUCCAACACUGCCACAACUUGAGGGGUUGGAAAAAUCAUUCCAUUCUUUUUACGUUUGUACUGCUGUAAGGAAGUUUUUGUUCUUUCUUGAUCCAUUGCGAACAGGUAGAGUGCGGAUUCAAGAUAUCUUAGCAUGUAGUUUUCUUGAUGACCUAUUGGAGCUUCGUGAUGAAGAUUUACCAAAGGAUCUACAGGAAGCAAAUUGGUUUUCUGCACCCUCAGCUCUCAAAGUUUAUGGUCAAUAUCUGAAUCUUGAUCGUGACCACAAUGGCAUGCUCAAUAAGGAAGAAUUAUCUGGGUAUGGCACAGGUACACUGACAGGAGUUUUUCUUGAAAGAGUAUUUCAAGAAUGUUUAACAUAUGAAGGAGAAAUGGAUUAUAAGACAUAUUUGGAUUUUGUAUUAGCAUUAGAAAAUCGACACGAACCGCAAAGUCUUCAUUAUCUAUUCCGUAUAUUAGAUAUCAAUAACCGUGGAUACUUGGAUACUUUUUGUCUUAACUAUUUCUUUCGUGCUAUUCAAGAGCAAAUGACGAUGCAUGGCCAAGAACCUGUAAGUUUUGAAGAUGUAAAAGAUGAAAUAUUUGAUAUGGUGAAACCUGCAGAUCCUUGUAAAAUUACUUUGCAGGAUCUUUUAUCCUGUGGACAAGGUGAUACAAUGGUCAGUAUUUUAAUUGAAUUUCAUGGUUUUUGGGCUUAUGAGAAUAGGGAAGCAAUGGCUGCUGAUACUGGAGAUGAAACAUCUCAUGUCUAAGUUCACAUAGCACGUAAUAUCUAUGGGAUAUCCAACGGAUAUUAAUAUUGGCUAUGUGUAUACGUAUACAGAUCUAAUAUCUAAGAAUGUAUUGCUGUACAUGUGCAUUCUUUGCUACAUAUUAAUCUAUGGAUAUAAAAUUCACAUAUAUUACUUCUGAACUCCACUAUAGUGGAAACAGCCUAUAAAAGUAUAGUAUUCUAUAUAAACUUGAAAUGGCAGUCGACACACAUUUCAUGAAGAAUUCUAAAUAUAUGGAAGAUUCAAAUGUAUUCCUUUUUGUGUCAAAUUCUUGAAUAAAUGUACAGUUAUUGUAUUCUAGGAGCAAA